CUGGAACGUGCACGUUAUUUUUUUCUCUAUUUUGCAGGACCUCAUGAACCGCUGCCGGGGAGAGAUUCUUACGCCGACUACUGGCCAAUUUUUCCAUUUUCGAAUCACUUCCAACUUGGUCUUGACGUCGAUCCAGCGCAAUCCAGGCAUGCCGGCGGUGACAUAUAUGUACCGGUGCCCACUUGGGGUAUCUGGGACUUCUCGGGUCGAGUGUUCUGGCGCGUUCAAGACUACAAUACAUUAGUCGGCUAUCACACUUCACCAGUAAACAUGCUCGGUUUAACCAAAGAUGAUUUCAUUCGACUGAUGUCCGAUCCAUCAAUGCAUUACAAUCGAAAUAACCAACCACUGCUACCGGUUGCAAAAUUACCGAAAGCAUUUGUACCAAUGUCAUGUCGUCCGCCAAUGUGCAAUCCUUACACGCAAAACUUUGCACUUGGGGUAAGUAUUGAACACGACUGGGGAUAUGUGAACGGGCUAGACGGAGAACUCGAUUUGCCGGUUCCAAUUUCUAAAAAAUUAGCUUACCGUCUUCCGCUCUCAGGAAAUAUUUAUUACCGUAAGUACAACUGUCUUGUUCCUAACAAUAUUCUGUUUUUUUUUUCUUUGUUGUUGAAUAUACAGUCUCUACACCCGACAACUUUGUCGCUAUCAUCGUUAAGAAGCGCCUAG